CUCUCUCUCUCGGUUCUUCAAUCCAAUCAUUUUCGCCUGAUAUCUGCUACUGAUUGGAUAGCUCGAAUUCCGUUUUCGAGCUCAAAAUCCAAGACACAGUACUAAGUAAUCCAUUUUCCUUCGAGUCGGAGCGCAAAAAGACGACCGAAACCGCGUCUCGCACAGCUAAGCAGGUGAUCGUCAUCGCCGCCGCCGUAGUCGUCGUCUCCGUCGUCGUCGCCGCUGCCGUCGUCGUUAUCUUCAACGCGCUGACACUUGCAGAUGAUGUGUGAUUCUCUGUUUGUUUCUGCGACUUGCCCACACUUUUCGGGUUUCGAGAUUUGAAGUGGCUACAGCGUACGCACAUGGCUCCCCGCGCCAUUUGCAAUGCUCUUGCUUGCAGGACUCUCUGACUCCCCUGCCCCCGCUCUGCUCUCUGUCUCUCUCUGAUCUUCCGUUUCCGUGGGAAUCCACCCAAAACGUCUGUCUACAUUUCGCGGAUCUGGUGUUCUGAGCUCAUUUUGAAGCUGCUUCACUGUAACAGUAUAUUCUGAAACCGAUAAACGGGGGAAUUAUAUCAAUCUCAGUUUAAAUCUUCAAGCUCUGAAACAGUGAAACCCUUACGAAGAUCAGAUUAACUCCGGACGCCAGCUGCAAUGGGGAAAACCGGAAGAGACUGGGCUCAGAUCUACGCCAUCUACGGCAUAAGCGAAUGGCAAACCCUAAUCUUCCUUCUAAUCCACGCCGUUUGCUUCUCCUUCCUCUCCGUCUUCUUCCUCCUCUACUUCGAGCCAAUCUGCUCCUCCCUCGAGUCUCUGUUCCCGGCCCUUCCCGUCGGCUCGUCCCGCUUUGCCGCCGGCUUCACGGGCUCCGUUAUGGCGCUCUCCGCCGUCUGCCUCUUCUUCGCCGCCGGAAACUUUUUCUACUCCUCCGUCUCACUCCACUGGGACAUGGCACAGCGCAUAAUUGGCGCGGUCAGCGACUGGUCGACGGUGAAGCACGCCCUUGACGUGGGAUGCGGCCGCGGCAUCCUCCUGAACGCGGUGGCGAUGCAGCUGAAAAAGGAGGGGAGCUGCGGGCGGGUGGUGGGGCUGGACCGGAAGAAGACGACGGUGGCGACGCUGCAGACGGCGGCGAUGGAGGGGGUGCAGGAGUACGUGACGUGCCGGGAGGGAGACGCGCGGAGGCUUCCUUUCGGCGACAACUACUUCGAGGUGGUGGUGUCGGGGGCGUUCGUGCACAGGGUGGGGAAGGAGAUGGGCCAGAAGACGGCUGCGGCGGCGGCGGAGAGGAUGAGGGUGUUGAUGGAGGUGGUGAGGGUGCUGAAGCCGGGAGGGGUGGGGGUGGUGUGGGACCUGGUGCACGUGCCGGAGUACGUGCAGAGGCUGCAGGAGCUGAGGAUGGAGGAAAUCAGGGUGUCGGAGAGGGUGACGGCGUUCAUGGCGGCCAGCCACAUCGUGUCGUUCCGGAAGCCACGUCAGCAAGUGGUGGGCCCAGGCGAGGUGAGGCUGGACUGGAGAUGUGGCAAUAUUUGUUAACUUUAAAAGAUUUCAGUAUGUUUACUAUAUUACACUUCGACGUACCAACUCCCAACGAUCCAACGGACCAAGAAGAAAAGGAAUGAAGGAUUAUACAUAAAAAAACAAUAGAAACUCUUUUUUUUUUUUUUUUUUGGGCUUUUGUGGGAUUCAAGUUAAUGUUGAAUAUGUACGAGGUCUAGGUCUGGGGAGACGAAGCCGAACCAGAUGCAUUAUCGGAAAGAUCAAUAUAUAAUUAAUGGAGUUGAUAA